CACACUCACACACACACACACACACACACACACACACACACACACAAAACAUCCAUUAUUGAUCAGCACAGGUGAGGUUGUGUCCAUAUCUGCCGCUCCUGGGACGACAAAACAGAUGGCUCUCCUCACGGAACAAAGUCGCCAUGGCAACAGAUGUUACGGAGUGCUCAGCGGUUUGGAUCGUCACGGUGUUGGCGAGGGGAACGUGCUGUCCUUGAACCUGCUGUUGGUAGGAGGCAAGCAGAGUGGGAGGAGCUCUGUGGGGAAUGCUCUGAUUGGUGGAGAAGGAUUCCAAACAGGAAGCUGCAUUCCUGGCAUUUCCCCGUCAACGGAGUGCCAGCUUCUUAGCAGAAAAUAUCAAAACUUUUUCAGGAGGCAGGGGGCGGAGUCUGACCUCCUGUUGAGAGUGGUAGACACACCCCCACGGUGGCCCCGCCCACAGAAUUUGCUCCAGCUCUGCCCUGAAGGCGUGCACAUUAUUGUCCUUGUUGUGAGAGCAGACCUGAGACACGAGGACACACACAUGAAGGAGUACGCAGAGUCUCUUUUUGGUCCAGAUUGGCGCCUUCACACGUUACUAGUUCUUACUUUUACUGACCAUGUGAAGAAGGCGGGGUUUCAACCGCAGGACUACCUAACCCAGGAGAGUGAUUGGCUGAGAUCUCUGUCCGAAGAGGUUGAAGGCGGAGUCUUCUUCAUGGACAACAGCUGUGAUUGGCCAUUGAUCAGAGGACGGCCUUUGAGAGAGCAAUUGCUCCGCCUCUCAGCUAGAAACCAUCACAAAGCUCUGACGGUCCAGACAGAGGUCUCACUCUGAUCUUUUAUCUGAAUAUUGAGGGAAUCUUUGUUGCCAACUUGUUGUAUGCUUGUUGAAAAUGUUUUUUUCUGGU